AUGUCAUAUUGCUUUGAUGAUGUUAAAGCCUGUGAUCAGAAAUGGGAUCCAAACGUUGAGCUGGUAUGGCCAGAGUCAGAGGCAUAUUCCUCACGGGUGAACAACUGCUCACAUGCAAAUUCAUCCCUAGCUGUAAUUCGAGCGAAGUUGAGUGCCGAACAAUUAGAACAAUUCAAGACAUCAUGCUUUGGCCAUCUUCUGAAUAUAGAUAAGAUUCAGUUUAGCGGGCAGAUUGUGCAUGGGGUUGUGUUGCGUAGAGUAGCGGGGCAGGGUGUGAAAGACUUGGAUGGACUGAGUUUCUUAAUAGGGUGCGACGUUGCUCAGUUCACUCGUCAGGAUUUCUGUUUGAUCUCAGGGCUUCGUUUUGGGGAAGUGCCUGAAGUUUCCAGUGGAGAAAGUGAUGAAAUUAGACUUCAGAAAAGAUAUUUUAUAGACGAAGGAAUUACAAGUAAUGCUUUAGAAGAAGCAUUUGUGAGGUGCACAGAGGAAGAUGACGUCUACAAGCUAGCUCUUGUUUACUUUGCUGAGUUAGUGGUUUUGGGAAGGGACAAACAUUUGAACAUCAAUCUAAAUUACCUGACCCUUGUAGAGGACUUGGAUGCGUUCAACAGGUUUCCAUGGGGUUCGGUGUCGUUUGACAAAACCCAAGACAGUCUGUUUUCUGCACCAACAAAGUAUGUGAAAAGCUUUGAAAAUGAAGAGGGAAGAGGGAAGGGGAAAUGUAAGGUAACCGGAACAAGCCGGAGAAAUGAGAAGGGCAAGAAGGAUAACCAUGGUGAAGUGCAAAGGGGUGGCUGGAGUUUUAAAGGUUUCACGUAUGCUUUCCAGAUUUGGGUAUAUGAAUUAAUUCCUAGAAUGGCGGACCUGAAUUACUGCAAGGUUGUUGAUCCGACAGCUCUCCCGCGUAUUUUGCGAUGGAGAACUACUACGUCUGUUCCCGAGAUGAGAAAGUUGAACAAUUAUUUUUUCCAGAGCAAAGAGUCAGUUCAGUUGCGGGCGCUAUGUCCAAGUGAAGAGGAAAUGAGACAACCAUAUUGGAGUUGGCCACAGGGUCGCCCUGCUGUUGUCUCGGCAGAGUCAAUUCCUUCUUCAUGUGCUGACCUUGAUGAGUUGAACAAGGCGGGAUAUGAGGAAGUGGAUGGCAUGCAAUGGGAUGAAGGGCCAAGUAAUAGAAAUGAAGGAGAGGAAAAUGAAGAGGAGGACAUUGAAGGGGGUGAAGGGCCAAAUAACAGAAAUGAGGGAGAGGACAAGGAAGAGGAGGGGAUUGAAAGGGGUGAAGGGGCAAGUAAGACAAAUGAGGGAGAGGAAAAGGAAGAGGAGGGGAUUGAAGGGGGUGAAGUGCCAAGUAAGAGAAAUGAGGGAAAGGAAAAGGAAGAGGAGGGGAUUGAAGGAGGUGAAGUGCAAAGAAAACCAAGGGAGGUAGAGGAAGCUCAAAGGAAAAGAAGUGAGGGAGAGCAAGUGAAAAUAAAAAGCAGCAAAGGAAAGGAAGCGCAAAGAAAGAGCAUUGAGGGAGAGGAAGAACUGCAAAGAAAAAGCAAGGAUGAUGAAGUUAUGUUGGUUGGCGAUGACAUUGGCGAGAGCACGGAGGGGACAAAGGUUGAGGUUACUCUCGGGGACAUUGAUUUGGAUCAACCUACAGCUGUGUUAUCUCAGUUGAACGUUUGGUUGAAUGAUGAAGGUCAAGGUGUGGAACGAGGGGUCCAAUUACGGAAGAGGAAGAGGAUUAUUCCUAUGUGGAAGAUCGUUGAAGCUAGUGAAGUGGUUCAAAAAAAUUUGCCAAAGACAACCGGACUUCGGACGUUAGACCCAAUGAAGGCGAUUCCGCAUGAUGAUAUGGUGAAAUUGCUGAAACUUUGUUCGGAAUGGCGCCAUAACCCAAAUUUGGUGAUGCAAUUUGGCAACGUGGAAGCUGAGAUUGAAUUCUUCGCUUCCCUCGUCAAAGCUGACGGUUGGCUGAAAGGAGAUCACAUUGAUUUGGGCUUGUAUCUCAUCCGGAAGCGACAACAACAGUUGGAGGAAGUAGAAAUAUCGGAUUGGACAACGACCGAUGUAUUUUUUAUGAAUCACAUCCAUACUUGCUUUGCGGAUAAUAAAAGGAAAAAAGAGCAAGUUGGGUGGAAAAUUAGAACCAGUUUAGUGAACGUUGUAAAUGGCAAGGUUCCGGCUUGUGGAUUGGAUUGGCAGAACACGUAUAAGGUGUAUGUACCUUGUAUGUUGCAAAAAUAUAAGCAUUGGGUGGCUCUAGAGAUUGAUCUGAUUCAGUGUGAAAUCAAAGUCUACGAUUCAAUGGUUUCACUCAUUCCAGAUCAGAGCUUAAAGGAAGAACUCGGCCCCCUGUCAAUUACGAUUCCAAAUCUUCUGCACACCCUCGACUUUUAUGAAGAAGGUGUUUACGCGAACGAGUGCACCCGAGAUUGGUGGUGUCCAUGGCCAAUACAUCGUGUGGAUGUUCCACAACAGGCUAAUCAAGGCGAUUGUGGUAUGUUCGUGUUGAAGUACAUUGAGCUGUUGAGUGCUGAGAUUUCCUUAGCUACUUGCACCUCGCAGAACAUGCCAUUUUUUCGGUUGAAGUUGGCUGCAGAAAUUGCACGGGGAGAUGCUUACAUGCCAUGA